GGCAGGAAAUACUUGAGUUUCGAGCGAUUUGGUAAUUGAAAAAAAAAAGAAAAUAAAAGUUGGUUUUCCUGGAAAACUCGAAUACAACGCGCACGUGUUCUGCUCGGGGGAAGAUGGUAGGCUUGCGGGGCGGAAAGGGCGGGGAAGGUCGGAGCGGAAUCGCGAUUGACAGGUGCGGAACUGUGGCGCAGCGUCGGUGCGCGGUAGGAGGUGACGUGGCACAGUCUAGUCACGCACUGCGGAACACCCACCAGUCGGAGCAGGCAGCGAUGGAGAGGUCUGGCCGAGUUGAGCUGCAGCAACGGAACCAAGAGGUGUUUGUCUUUGGCUCGUUCACAGAAGCUGAGUUGUUGCAUUUCCAGUCUCUUGCGCUGGGGGAGAAAGGGGCCGGGUCCAAGCGUGCUUCUGUUGGACAGAGUACUGAGAGUUUGAAGCAACUGACAGUCCAGGGAAGCCAUCUGGCUGAGCAUUCUGAACAGCAGGCUGAAGGAGAUCUCAAGUCAAAUCAAAGCCAUCGCAUUGAAAUCUCACGGGUGGAGAGGGAGGCAAAUCAAUGGGAUAAACAGUUAUGGCCUCCCGAAAAGAGUCAAGGCAUAGGACAGCCGCCAGAUCAUGCCAAUGCAGCGAAGCAUGGACAAGUGGACUUGCAGCAGAGCACGCAGUCUGUGCAGUCAGUAUCCGAAGACCAAGCAAGGGAAGUGGCAUGGAGCAUGCCUCCAGAAUGCACUCCAAAACAAAAGGUGGAGCAAAAGGAAAUUCAUCAGGACCCUGCUGCAAAAGAUUUAUUGAAGGAAGCUCCAAAAGGAGACCCUGGAAAGCCUCAGGGAAGCCUUUUAGUGGAGAAUAUGCAGCCUCAGACACUGCCACAGCGUGAGCCAGACCGCCACCAAGUGCAGAGAUUGGUUCAUUCAUCUCCGUCUCAGCAAGGUGUACAGGUGUCCUCUAGAGGACAACUGCAGCAUUGUGAAGUUGAUAGUCCAACGAAACAGGAGGGUGUGCAGCGUAUGCAGCCGGUGGCUCAACAAGCCUUUCAUCAGUUUCCGUCAGCAGGUGCUCAACAGACGCAUUUGUACCCAUCUCACCCUGUGCAUCCGCCACAAGCUCCCACGGUUCAUCUCCUCCCUGGAGUACCUGUGGUGUUUGGUACUGGAGAGGUUAUUGUGAAACGGGACAUGAUACCUAAGGGUGUCGCAACAAAUGGAACUGGUAUGGCGCCAUAUUUUGGGGAGGUUCCACGAUCUUCCACUGCAGUGGUUGCAGCCAUACCAUCAGCUAUGCCCGCUGCCACAGUGCCAGUUCUCAGGAAUGGAUUGGGUCUGGGAUCAGGUGAGGCGACACUGGGUGCUGUGAGUGGGAGUGUGGUUCGACGUGACCCAUCAAUGUCAACAGCAGUCGUUCCAAGUGGAAGUGUCUCCAUCACAGCAGCCCCUGCACUAGCAACAUCGGCAACUGCUGUAGGUACUUCUGAAGGUGGACUGGCUGGCAUAGGGAGGCCUGGAGCUAUGUCGUUGGCCCCGAAUGUAGCUGUUGUUGGUGUGUGGAGGGGCGCCAGUGCACCAGUCAAUGGAGCUCCUGGCCGUGUUGUUGGAGGGGGACAUCCCUCUACAGUGAUUGGUGCUGGGGCCCACACUUGCAUCCCAACCGGGACCCAUCCUACUGCUGUAGUAGGAGCUCCACAUACAACACCUGCCAUACCAAGGAUGCACCCCACGAUAAUUGGUGCAACAACGGCUCAUGCUCCUGCCGCGGUAGGCCCCCCUCUACCCCCUUCUACAGGCGGGCCCCAUCCCGCACCGGUUAUUGUUGCGGCCAGGAGCCUUCCUUCAGUCAUUGGAGGUGGCCAUUCGCAUCCAAUUGUUGGUGGUUCUCCAAUCGUUCUGAACAGCCAGCCACCAAUACCUGCAUUAGCGCGGGCUGUGGCAACACCGGCUGUCUCUACAGCAUGGGCGGUGGGAGGCACAACUGUUGCACCAGCAACACCACCACCUCCAAGUGGCUUUGUGUGGAAUGAUACUGUGCCUCUCAUAGAACAUUCACCGUUUGCCGUCAUUCAGCCCACGAGUGGGCCUCCUGCAGCUUUUCCCUGGACAGGUACCAGUCUGCAUGCUCCGAUGAUUGCAAGUCAGUCAAGGUCAUAUCUUUCUGCAGGUAGUGGUGCAAACCAGCCGACCUUCGUUCCAUCAGCUCCGACUCCCCCAGCUAAUGGCCCUUCGGCUGCUCCUGUAACGUUCGGAUGGCCAUCAACAGCCGGGGCAGGACUUGCUCCAGUAAGCCCUCCUUUGUUGGUGCCUAGUGUUGGGACGAACUCUGUGCCGUGGGUGACUGCAGUUCUGACUCCACCAAACAAAUCUCCUGUGGUUUCCCUUAGGACUGGCAAUGUCCCAAAAGUGGUGGUUGCCUCAAGUGCCGCUGUGCCGAACAGGCAGGAUAGUGGAAAAGCAAUUCGGGGUCCCCCGGGUGUGACGCUGUGGCCUGUGACACCUGUCAAGAAAUCACAGGCAGGCAGUUCGGAAAGAGAGGCUGAGGCAGCGGCUGUGGGAGAGGUGGUCAGGACUGACGGCCAUUAUCUGGAAACGAUUUGUUUUGAUGCUGCAAAAGUUGAGGUGCCAACGGCUACUGAGCCCAGGACCACAGACAUAACUUCGGGUGGAUGUUCAGUGGCUAUACAGUCUUCAGUAGAGCUUGGUGCUGUAGAUGGCAAAGGGCAAGUAGCUAGUUUAGGCUCCGAUGUUGUGAAAGGCAGUUCCAGUGUUAUACCAUGCAGGGGUCCUGAUCCAAGGCCCGUGGUCUCUGAAUCUGCUGAAUGCUUCUCUGGAGGUGAAUUGAUCUCGAAUUCAGAGAGUGCAAGUGAGAGGGCGUUGGUCGAGGUCUGUGAGCUGAACAACUCGCAUGCUAGCACAAAUGGUGCUGAUGUAGUGUCAUCGGAAACUCUGGGGACAGGUAACAGCAGUGCAGGCACACCUGGGAGCAGCGCUGCAGAGUCUGAAAAGACUGGGGACAUGAGUGGGGUGCAUACAAGCGGUGUUGGAGAGGUAGACACCCCUGCAAGCGCGCCACCAAAUCCAGGCUCUUCCACAAUUCCACGAGCAGAGGCAAAUGGGGAGUGCAAGGAGCCAAGAGCAGCCGAUUGGUCGUCUAACUCUGCUGCCAAGUCGAAAUCAUGGGCAGCACUUGUGGGUGUGCCACCUUCAGAAGAUGGAUACAUAGAAGAGGUCCGUGCAAAUGUGUCAGUAAGGGGGGUAGGUGCAGGAUCUGGUAAAGCAGGAAUGAUGUCAAUGGCCUCUAAAUCUCAGGUUGGAGGAGUGGCCGUGUCAGGCAAGGGGAAUGGAAGAAUUGCUGAAGAGGGUACAAGGGUGACAGCCAUGGUACAUCAGGAGCAACCAGCAGUUUAUGGCAGCGUGUGGCUGAAGUCGCUUCGGGAGUUUGAGCAGGGCAAAAGAGUGCAGCCAAUACCACGUGGGUUGAUGAACACUGGGAACUCUUGCUUCCUCAAUUCCACUCUCCAAGCAUUGUUGUCGUGCUCUCCAUUCUUCCAUCUCAUUCGUGUACUUGCCACUCAGAAGAUCCCCACUGAUGGAAAAUUCCCGGUGUUGAAGGCCUUUGUUGAUUUUCUUGCUGAAUUCCAACUCCCGCAGCAGGGAGAGGUCAUGGUCUCAAAGGAUGGUGCCAGGGACGUGAAUGGCUUUGACAAGUAUGGUAAUCGCACUUCUACUAUCGACGUUGGAAGGCCAUUUGUUCCAGCAAUGUUUGAGAAUGUGCUGAUGCGUUUCAGUCCCAACCAGCGAGCUCGUGGGCCAGGUCGAACAAGACAGGAGGAUGCUCAAGAGUUUCUGAGCUAUUGUCUUGAUUGUCUGCAUCAAGAAUUGUUGAUGCUGCAAGAGGAGGAAGAGGGCAGUGGCUCCACUGUAGGAAGAGAUGGUGCAGGUGCUGUUCGUGCUGCAAGGCAAUCUAGUGCGUCAUCUGAGGUUAUUGCUGGAAUGCACGAUGAAGACGAAUGGGAGACGGUUGGACCCAAGAACAGAACUGCUGUGACCCGUACUCACGAAUUUCCAGAGACUGCGUUGAGCAGCAUUUUUGGUGGUCAGCUGAGGAGUGAAGUGAGAACUCAAGGUAGCAAGCCAUCAGCGACCGUUCAGCCGUUUAUGCUGCUUCAGCUGGAUAUCAUGCCUGAAUCUGUAAAAACUGUCGAAGAUGCGCUGCACCAUUUUACAGCACGCGAAACACUCGACGGAUACAAAACCAAGGGCAGGGCAGAGGUUCCAGCCUCGAAGUCUGUGAGAAUACUGCAGCUUCCCAGAGUUCUUGUGCUUCAUUUGAAGAGGUUUAGCUAUGAUGCCCAGGGAGUGGGGAAAGUGCAUAAGAUGGUCAGGUUUCCACUGAACCUCACUCUCCACCGUGAUCUGCUGGUGCCCUCGUCAGUAACCGUGGGCACAGGUGGCAUUUCUGGUUCCCAUCGGGAGGUACGGCAGUAUGAGCUGGUUUCCAUUGUGUCUCAUCAUGGGAAGGACGCAGCUACUGGGCACUACACAACAGAUGCAAAGCAGGGUGAUAAUCGAUGGCUACGAUUUGAUGAUUGUCAUGUGACAAGUGUUCCCCAGCAUCGGGUACUGGAUAAUGACGAGGCUUACCUACUUGUUUACAAGCGGUGGUCUAUGCUUUGAUGAUCCAGUCGGUAUGGGGAGUAGUAUAUGCAGCGCAUAACGUUGGCUCAGGUUGUUGUCUAGGUGCAAUGGGGCAGAGCUGCCAUGCAUUGCAACUAGCUUUUCAUGCAGUGUCCGUUGCCUUCAGCUCCUGUGAGUAUUGCCAGGAGCUUGCAUCCCAAUGUCCUUGGGGGUUAGAGUGAUGUGCAUUUGGCAGCUGGAAUAUAAUUGCCAGCACAGGAUCAAUGCCCGAGGACCUCAGGCAUUUGGCAGCUUGGAGUCAAUAAUAUUGAGAGUUUUCAAGGAUGGUAAGUUGCAAUGCAGGUGAGUCGUGACAUGAAUGUUCGAUGUUUCCUUGCCUUGCCUUUACAAGCAUGCUUGCACUAAGUUUGCAGGAUAUGGUCAGGAGUUGGGUGUCUUCGGGCAGGAAUUGUUGUGGGUCAGGAAGAGGCCAGCAGUGGUGGCCAUGUUUCUAAAGCUUUCUGGUAUCUCGCGUGACAAAGAGUUUGUGAGAACAGGAGAGCGGUUGUUAUGUCAUCUUGUCGAAGGUUCAAUCCUGGUUGGUGGAGAGCGCUGUGCGAACAGGUGAGUUCGAGUGGUAGUUUUGCUUGUUGGCGUAAUGGAAAUAGAGUGCUAAUUGGUUGGUUGAAUUUUGGAGGCAUCAAUACAUUGUUGUCUGCUGAUGUCAACACAACGCCCGUCCCGUCCUUGUGCUGCCCUUUUGGCAUGCUGCAGAAGUGUAGGCAAGGGAGUUUUCUUUUUUACAUGCAAAGGGCUAUGUGAGUCUGUGGAUUACUCUGCUGCCUAGAAUACUCGAAUUGGUUCAACUGGCCUUUUCACAGGCAGUUUUUCGAGCAGAGGUAGUGGUGUAGACAGACAUGUCUGCAAACUACGAGCUUUGACGGAAACAAUGUCGUGAAGAUCAUGUUGUCCCUUGCUCUUUUACGUGCUGGUGCUGAUCCUGCUCCAGCUGCAGCUGAUAGGGCUGCUUAGGCUCGAUUGUGGAGUCCUCUGGACUGUGCCUUCGAUUUUUGGCCUCUUUAGUGGAGGCAUGAGAUCAUUUCUAUCCGGAUCUGUGUGUAAUCUACAUGAGACUGUAGAGGAGCAAUGUUUAGAGGAGCGGAGAAAGAUUUCUUCUUGACCAGGGUGGCGUUCGGAGAGAAUUACGUUUUUUGUAGCUGUCAUGGGGAUAGCUAAUGAUAGCGACCAGGGUGGAGUUCCGAUUUGUGCCUACGACCGGACUUGAACCGGAGGCCUUUCCCUUACCAAGGGAAUGCUCUACCACCUGAGCUACGUGGGCUCACGGGGAAAUUGGAGACGAUCGGACUUGAACGACAUGAUCGCUAAUGAGACUGUUUGGUUUGUGAGAGAAGGCAGAAUGAGGCGGUUCCGGAAGAACUUCAAGACGAGGAUACAUGCCAAUUCUCCUCUUGUGGUACUGGUUUGCGACGGUGGCAGUAGGGGCAAUGUUGAGCAUGGAAAGAUGUGAUUGAGGUAAGCAUUGCUGUUGCUGUUGGUAGGUAACGUUGCCCUUUGGAGAGAGCAUCGGAGAGGGUUGUGCUGGCCAGGAGAGAUUCCACUGGAUUUCAGUACAUUAUGAUUUACAUUUGCGGUGGCGGCGGUACUAUCGUGGGGAUGUGUCUGUAGGACUGUAGGUAGAGCCUCUCUGUACAUCUGGGGCAUAGAGAGCGGCGAUUAGUAGGAUGUGGCAACUGAAUCCAUGACAAUAUGAGGAUUGUAAGAGAUGGAUGGGGUUUGUGCUCCAUUCUGAAGCAGGAGGGAGAAUGGAGACGAUCCUAGUGGCACAGUAGCUGCUGACCCGUUUGAAUUGGAGCGUGCAACAGUCGCUGUCGGAAUAUAGGUUGUCGUUUGAGCACCCAAAUGACAUUCAGCAGGUUUUCCUUACUCUCUCUCUCUUAUCAGUCUCACCCUUCAGAUAGAUAUGUGAGCGGUGGCAAGGACCAGAUGAGCAGCGAUGGCUUGAACAUGGGAUUGGUAAUGAAAGUGGGGAAGAUGGAAAACCGUGGCAAUUAGACUUUGGAAUCCCUGUUUUGAUUCUAUUGAAUCUUGUUAUGAUUACUUUGAAGCUGGUAAUGGGUAUAUUGCAGGGCUGAGAGCCGCUGUAUUGCUUUUUACGUUUUUAUUGUGGAUGGAGUAGAUAGGAGUGCUAUGCACGUAGGAGGUAGUAGGGAUAUGAGAGUGGCUGCUGUCUAUGACAUUGCACGGGACAGCAAUCAUCCAUGCACAAAGCUAGUUUUACUUGCUUGAUCGGGGUGCUCAAUAGUCGCCUUACAGCUAGUAUGAUCGCUUCGGCAGUAUGAUGCCUCUCGUUUUGUAGGCAAGAUCGUAUGUGUGGCUUGGAAAGUUCUGCCCACUUCAUGUUCGGGCAUAGAUGGAGCUCUCUCUCUCUCUCUCUCUCUCUCUCUCUCUCUCUCUCUCUCUCUCUCUCUCUCUCUCUCUCUCCCCCCAACACACAGACACACGCAGAGGCAACAGCUCAAAUCUGCCUCAGGAACAGGAGUGCCUAGAGGCACUGGUGGCUCAGAAGGGAAAAGUGUCUCAGCUCAGCCCACCCUUUGCAUUUUGGCCCAUACUUGUUAAGAAUUUCCAGCUGUGACAUACGAAUGAAUUCGCCUGCGCUCGUGUGUGCGAGUGUGCGUGUCCGUGUCAGUGCAUUUCUGUGCAUGCAUGCACACGCAUGCUUGGUGUUUUCAACCGUAAUUCAUCGCUGCUCUGGUGCAUGUGCAGACUCUGAAAUUGUGUUUGUGUUUAUUUCUACCCUUCAGAGUGUUCUGACGGCAUCCUAUCUUGUUGUUUUGCGAGAGCCAGCAAGUAUUCUUCUAAGCGCAGUACUCGGGAUGGGGAGAGGCAUGCAUGGAGUAUGCAAGAAGUCAACCGCAGGUGAGUUUUAGGAGUUCUUGAUAUGAUGAAUGAAUUUGUGAAGAAUGUCCCCAAUGGCGGAGGACCUGGGGGUGGAGAUGAAAGAGAGGCAUGGAGGGUGGGAAGAGUCAAAUGCAAGCGACUUUUAGGAGUUUCUGAUGCGAAGAAAUGCGUCAGAUGCCUAGGAAUGCUGCCUUUGCUUGGUUGCAGUUGGAAUUGUGGUGAUAUGGCGAAGGUAAGCAGUUCAAAAUCUGACAAUCCCUUCUUCGUCGACAAUUAAUGUUUUGAUUCCGGAGAGUUUUGAAGUGAUGGAAAGGUCACAGGCUCUUUGUGCUAAGGAUGGAUGUACCAACCCUCAGGAUGGCUAAAGAUGUAAAUGCAAGUAGCGUUCUCUUGUUGAGAUGGCGUGUAUGUUGCAUUCACUGGGUGUUCAUCGAGGGAUGAUCGCAUUUGUACAAGUCAAGGAUCGCAUUUUUGGGUGGAGAUGCAUGGGUGUAGCAGUGGUUAUGUGAAGUUUGUCUUAAGAUAGUUGAAGAUUCGAUCUCCAGAUUUGUGGUGUAUGGCAUUCCCCGUUCAGCAAGUCAGUUGCCCUCACGGAAAAGCAUGGUUUGCUGUGACUUAUGGUGACGAUGAGACAUUAUAUGUUUCAAAGCUCCGGGUGUAUUUCAUCGUCAUGUUGGCUGCCCACUUCUGCCGAGGGGCCAAUGUUUGGCCUUGUGUAAUAUAUACAUGCUGUCAUAAUUGCGUUUCGACAUCAGGAAACGAGGUACGGACCGAUUGCGGAAACGCAGAGUUGACGAUGUACCUCGUUUCCUCGUUUCCGAAAUGGAGUUGACGAUGUACCUCGUUUCGGAGUUGCUGUCAUGAUGCCAUCGCCAGAGUUGAUGGGCAUGCCUCUUGAACGCGUUGUGGAAUCGUGCAAGUGGCGUCGUCUGUGGAAUUGUGCGAGUUACGGCCGUUGCCAGAGGAUUUUACCAACAAAUGUUAACGGAGAAG